AAGCGCGGACUGGAGAAGGACUUCUGGUUUGGUGCAAUUACAUUGGCGCCGUCUGUGGGAAACGAACUGAAAGCUUUCUGGUUGCUCUUCUAUCAUGGUUCACACUCGAUCAGUCAGAGCUGGUAAUUCAUCUCUGCCUCUUGGGCAAGGUCAACCCCCCAACAACCUCCCGCCUCCGAUUCCACCUCAAAUUCCACCUCAGCUUCCACCUCAGGUCCCAAUUAUGUUCCCUCCUGUUGAUCAUGCAGAAGGAGGAGAUGAAAAUCAACCUCAUGUCUCAGCUCACAAUUCAACUUCCACUGCCAAUCAUGAUGUAGUGACAGCUCAGCUCGCUGCCAUGCAGCAGCAGUUUGGUGUUUUUCAGUUGGUACUAGCUCAGCUUUUAGCUAGAAACAACCCUGGUGAUCCCCUCAUUAAUUUACUAAACCCUGCUCAACAACCCCCAGCUCCACAACAAAAUCCCCAACCAGCUCAACCUGCUCCCGCUAUUAGCGAAUCUCAGGAUCAAUCCCACAUAGCACUCGCUCAGCAACCCAUCCCUGAUGAUGUUACUCGCCGCCUUGAUAGCUUAGAAAAGCUGAUAGCUGAACACCGAGGUGCUCCACCCCCACGCCAUGCUACUGAUUCCAUACCUCAUCCCCUGAAUACCAACAUCACAUUGGAACCCUAUCCUACCGGCUUCAAAAUACCACAACUAGAGACUUAUGAUGGGACGAAGGAUCCCGAUGAUCACCUGCAUGCUUUUUACUCUUGCAUGCAAGCACAGAAUGCCUCUGACGCGUUAAUGUGCAAGAUCUUCCCCUCUACUCUGCGAGGUAAUGCUCGAACUUGGUAUUAUAGUCUACCUCCGAGGUCGAUCAGUUCUUACACAGAAAUGGCAUCUGCCUUUGCCAUUAAGUUUUCUAGUAGAAGGUUCAAUGAUGCAGUUUUAGAGGUUAGUUCCUUUGAUCAAGCUGUAGGGAUUGCCGCUGUGAUCUCAGGCCUUAAGCAUGACAGGUUUAGAGACAGUUUGAUCAAACAUGCUGCCACCACCUUCAGCGAGGUGAACGAUAGAUCUCUGAAGUUUAUAACCGCUGAGGAGUAUGCCCUAGCACAAAACCCACCUUCCCCUAAGAACCAAAAUCCAGAAUGGAGAGAUGACAAUCCAAGCUGGAAGAGGAUGAGAAUGGCACAGAGCAGAGGUCCGAUGUUGACCUCCCCAUCGAGAUUCGGAAGGACGAACUCAACACCCCAGCAACAGUCUGCAGUGCAACAGCUUAAAAUCCGAAGUACCAAUCCAUUGAAGAAACCAGUGGCACAGAAGCGGCGUCUCUUCGGGGGGGAGAGGCUUCAGGCUAUCAAAGAAGAGGUAGAAAAACUCCUACAAGCUGGUUUUGUCCGGAAAGUUGAUUACUGUGAAUGGGUGGCUAACCCAGUUCUAGUGAAGAAGGCAAAUGGCAAAUGGCGAAUGUGUAUUGACUACACAAAUCUUAACAACGCCUGCCCUAAGGAUUGCUAUCCAAUGCCGAGCAUCGAUAAAUUAGUUGAAGCGGCUUCAGGCAAUGAGAGGUUAAGCCUCUUGGACGCAUAUUCGGGGUAUCACCAGGUGCCAAUGGCUCCAGAAGAUGAAGAGAAAACUGCGUUCUAUGCUGGCGAUGAAAUUUAUUGUUAUGUCAUGAUGCCGUUUGGCUUGAAGAAUGCAGGUGAAACACCCUACCACCUGGCCUUUGGUACCGAAGCAGUCAUUCCUGUUGAGAUAGGAGUCCCAAGCUUCCGAGUCACCCAUUUCGAUGAAGAACGAAAUGGACAACUGCUUCGGGAAAACCUUGAUCUGCUUGCUGAAGUCAGAGAAGAAGCUCGGCUUCGAACUCUUGCAUACAAGCAGAAGCUAACCAACUUCUACAAUAAACGGGUCCACCCUCGAACAUUCAAAGUAGGAGACCUCGUUCUCAGAAAAGCUGGCCUAACGGGGUUUGAAACUCGUUUUGGCAAACUCGCCCCGAAUUGGGAAGGCCCUUAUGCCGUGGCCGAAGUGCCACAUCCUGGUGCCUAUGUCCUCCAAGACGCUGAAGGAAAGAGAGUUCCUAGAGUCUGGAAUGUGAAUAACUUGAAGAGAUUUUACCCUUAAUGAAAUUCUUUCAAGUGUUCUAGGUCUUACUGUUAUUUACGCUUUUCACUUCGUGUUUAUUGAAAAUCACUUUACCCCUUAUUCUAUGUAUCUGAGGUCAAUCAGUUCAUUCACUUCUGUUAAUAAAUGUCACUUCACAUU